AUGCUAAGGGCGCAACCGACAUCUUGGGUAGGAGGUUUAUCUCUACGCCUACGAGAAAAACUGCCCUCUAAGACAAAACAGGCUGAAGAAAGACGUGCCGUGGUGGACUGGGAGGAAGGGGGAAAAAACUUCAUCACUGUUUUUGAGGUCCGUGUUAAAGCGGAAUUUCCUUGGCAAGUAUCCCUACAGCUGGUGUCCGGAUCAAGAUCACGCCACAUCUGUGGAGGUGCCGUGCUGUCUCCUCACUGGGUAAUAACUGCUGCACAUUGUGUCUGGGAGUUGAAGCCUUCCAGAUUGUGUAUCGUGGCUGGGGACUACGAUCUGUAUAUCGCAGAAGGACACGAACAGAGGGUUUCCAUCGCCAGGAUUGUGUUAGACCAGUACCAAAAAGACACCUUUUCAAAUGACAUAGCGUUGCUACAGCUGGCCACGCCUCUACGUAUUGACCAUGUUUGGGUCUCACCCAUCUGUGUCCCAGACCCUAGUCAGAAGUUCCUUCAAGGUGACAGCGUAGUAGCUGGAUGGGGACGGUUAAGUGAGAGUGGGUCACUACCACACAUUCUACAACAUGUUACGCUUCCCAUUCUGUCUAUCACGGUGUCACAACCUCUACAGGAGGGCGGGCUUUGCAAAGUUUAUCCACAGCUGCCAACUGUGUAG